AUGUCUCAACUGUUAGAAGCAACUUCAUCACGUUCUGGAAGCACAGGUCGCAGCGCAAACGAAUCUGCACAGCUGCCUCCUCCAUUACCAGCAGUAGUAGAAGAGCAAGUCAAUACGCCAACAAGUAAAGUCGCACGAGGACAGAGCAAAGGCAUUCCGGAAUGGAAUACAGGUGUUAAAGUACAUGUUCAAUUUAAUGGAAUCAAUUUCCAGCCGGUGGGGGAAAGGGCAGGUCAGCUUAAGUCACAAUUGGGUCAAAUAGUACGAAAUGGCCAUAGGGUACCUCUAAAUAUUCUUGAUUGGAAGAAAGUUGGUAAUUAUGUGAAGGAAGAAAUUUGGGAAGAGGUUAAGAAAAACUUGGUGGAAGUCCCUGAAGGUUAUAAAUCAGUAUGCUUGGAAAAUUGUAAUUUGCUUUGGAAGGACCAUAAGAGCAAAACAAAAUCAUUUCACUAUGCGCCCAACAAGGACUAUCCUGAACUUGGUUCUAAAAAUCCUCCGCAUAUUGUUGCAGAGCAAUGGUCUGAGCUUGUUGCAUAUUGGAGCAGUGAGGAUGCAAAGAUGAUAGCAGAAAAAAAUUCAAUUAAUCGGGAGCUGCGUGGCCCAUGUCACAAGACCGGUCGAAAACAUUUUGCCCAAGUGCGAUAUGAGAUGGAAAAAGCUGGAGAACCAGUUGAUAAGUUUAGUGUUUGGAAGAGAACACGUGACUUAAAUGAUCACCUUGUGCAAGAGUUCAUUAAAUCAUAUGAAGAGAAACUUAGAAAGGAGUCGGAAGAGGAUCAGAACUUGACAGUGUUAAAGACCGAAUUUUCCACUCUUUGA